UAUCAAAAUUCCCUCAACUGGUGAGUAUCAAUUAUGGGGUCGCACCACAGCUUCGGGUCGGGCCUCGACCGCAUCAUUAACUGCUCAAAACCGGUGAGUUUUGAGGAUGAUAUUUACUACGCAGAGCUCGAGAGGCAGAUUCUGCAAUUGACUGCUGAUGAUGAAGAAGAUGAUUCAAAACCGAUUAACUUUAGCCCCUCUAAAAGAGCCUCUAAUGCCAUAACAACCGAGGCUUGGUUCGCUGCUUGGGCUGAUUUUGCUGUGCCCGAGAAUGACGGUAACAAAAAUUCUGCGCAAAGCUGCGUCCCAAGCUCUCAUCAAUUCAUCAAGAGCAAUGGGACUGGAGUCUUCAUCCCUCAUGCGGUCAAAUCCCAAACUAGAAGUUCAUCGGGGAGGAUGAGCAACAAUUCUAGGAGAAGAAUCUACAGGCAAACGGCGAAGAACGAUAAUCAAAGAGUCUACAAUUAAUCCGAGUGUGGGCCCGAGAAGAAGAUCACCAAAUCGUUCGUUUCUUCUUCUUCUUCUUCUUCUUCUUCUUUUUUUAAUUAAGUUUCUUUUUAUAAAUAGAAUAUUUGAUUAUUUAGCAAAUGUUGACCGGUUAGAUGAAUAAAUAAUGCAUGUACUUGUUUAUAAACUUUUGCAUGUACGAUAUUGUUUUUCAGACAAAUACACCUACGGAAUGGCGGAAAUAGAUGCAUAUAUUUUGAGGUGCACGCGACGCGGGUCACCACAUUUUAGGCUUGAUUCAUUUGCUUUACUACAAUGGAAGUACAUCACAAGAUAACAAUGUAGUAGCAACGCACUGUGUAAGGAACUCGUGUACAAUUCUACUGGACCUAUAAGCUGUUGGGCUCAUCUUCAACCCAAAAGCUCAAGCUGAUAAGUUAUGGUACCCAAUCACUUAUAAACCCGCGGAUUUUCCUUUAAUUUUUCCUUAUGGGACAAUAUGCUUCAAUACCCACCUUCACGUAGUAACGUAUGCCUUUGAUGCUUCACCUACGUACCAUGUGGACUUGAACAACCCUCGGGAGUUGGGAUUGGACUUCCGUGCUCGAGACUCAACCACAAGGUAGACUUCUUCUUGCAUCUUGGGCGAGAGGAGGGAGAUAAUUGAUAAUGAGGCAACACUUGGGUCGGACUAAGAUGAGACGCAAUUUGGCGGCCUCAAAACUAGACUUGGUUUGGGGUGAGCCCACACGAACGAGUGGAAGCAUAACCCGCUCUGAUACUAUAUAAAAUACCCACUAGUCUUAUAAGCAAUUGGACUCAUUUCCAACCCAAAGUUCGCCUAAUUUUGAGGCAGCCAAAUUGCGCUUCGCCUUAGUCUUCCCAAGGUGGUCUCAUUUCCAACCCAAAAGCUCGUCUAGUUUUGAAGCAGCCAAAUUGCAUUUCAUCUUAGUUCAGCCAAGUGUGGCCUCAUUAUCAAUUAUCUCCUUCCUCUCGCAUGAUGUGCAAGAAGAAGUUCACCUCAUGGUUAAGUCCCGAAUAUGGAAGUUCAGUCCCGGCUCAUAGUCAGUUCCUGAAAGUGGAUGUUCAAGUUCACGUGGCACGUGUAGGUGAAACAUCAAACCCACACGUUGCCAUGUGAGGGCGGGUGUUGAGACAUAUUAUCUCACACGAAAAAUUGAAAGAAAAAUCCACGAGUUUAUAAAUGAUUGGGUACCACAAUCUAUCGGCUCAAAUUUUUGGGUUACAGAUGGGCUUAAGUCCAUGUAGGUCCAAAUGGAAAUUUUACAUGGUAUCAGAGCUCAAAUUGCUCGUAUACGUGCGCAUGCGCACAAAUACUAUGCCAAGUCCAGUAUGUCUGAGAGCAGCCAAAAAGAGCACAUCGUGUUAGUCCCCCCCUCACCGAAGCACAGAAGAUGAGCUCGGCUUGAGGUCAGUUAUUGAUAGCAGAUAUUUAAGAGCAUGAGACAACGUGUAGGCAGAAAUAGACCACACGUUGUAUAUGAGGACGAGUGUUGAUGAUAUUAAUCCCACAUGGAAAUGAUGUAUCAAUAUCUAUUGGUUUAUAUGAGACUUGAAAAUCACCACUUAUUAGUUUGA